CGAAAGUGGAAGCGAAGAAGUUUAAAAUUCUUCAAUGUCUGUCAAAGCUUCAUCAGAUUCUGCGACUCCAUGGAUUCGACCAUCCCAAGAACAAAACUGGAAUACUAUGAUGAUAUGUGGAAACUUCAAUCCAAAACUACUCUCAUCUCCUCCUCCAAAGGAGAUGAUGGUAGGUUUGUUUUGAUAUUGUUAUCCACGAUCUUUCAUCCUCAAGGUGGAGGCCAGCCGGCGGACACUGGAUUCAUCACCACUGCUUUGGAUGAUUCCAACUGCAAAUUCAUCGUUCAAGAUGUUCGAUCCAAGGACGGAAUUGUUUAUCAUUACGGAGUUUUGGAGGAGGAUUCUGGCGGCGAUUUCCUUGAGAAAGGGAGAGAAGUUUUGUUGCAUGUUGAUGAGUGCAGGAGAAAGCUGAAUUCCAGGUUGCACUCAGCUGGGCAUUUGCUGGAUGGAUGCUUGCUGAAUGUGGGAUUAGGUUAUUUACAACCAGGAAAAGCCUACCAUUUUCCAGAUGGGCCUUUCGUUGAAUAUAAAGGUACAGUUCCUCAAAAUGAAUUGCAAACCAAGCAAAAAGAACUAGAGGUAGAAGCCAAUGCAUUGAUAUCUACAGGAGGCAAAGUUUCUGCUGCUAUAUUGCCAUAUGAAGAAGCUUCAGCUUUGUGUGGUGGUCAUCUUCCUGAUUAUAUUCCCAAGGGCAGCACUCCUCGCAUUGUGAAGUUAGGAAACUUUCCUGGCUGUCCUUGCGGUGGUACGCAUGUUUCUGACAUUUCAGAGAUCGUAAGUAUGAAGGUUUCUCAAAUUCGGACAAAGAAGGGAAUGACAAAAGUCUUUUACACUGUUGGAUCUUGUGAAGAUGUGGCACUUCCAGUUAAUUAAAACUAUGAAACGCACUUUCAGUGUUCUUAUAUCAUUUAGCUGAUUAAGCCAUCACUUAUACAGAGUGAAGUCAUCUCGAAGCUCCUUCUUUGAAAAAAAAAGGGAAGCUGGCGAUGUCAUUGGUUGGGCAACCAUCUCUUGGCCUUUACUAAUUUCAAUGUCAUAUGCUGUCUUCCAUUGGCAUUUAAGCUUGUACGAGGAUGGAGAUGACAUAAGCAUUGUUAGGACCACUGUUUCUGAUAUUUCAUUAUCAUUGCCAAAGUUCAUUCUUGUGCUGACCUCUGAUACUCAAUCCUAGAGUUAGUUUACUUCUUUCA